AUGGCGCAGGCUCUGUCGGCGGAGGAGUUCCAGCGGCUGCAGGGCCGGGUGGGAGCUGACACCCCCAGGGGGGCCCACCCCCUUGCCGUGGUGUUUGACCUGGUCUCUCCCCCCACAGAACUGACCGGGCUCCGGCACCGUGUGGCCUUUCUGGAUAAGGAGCUCGCCAAGGCUCAGAAGGCUCUGGGGAAAAGCAAGAAGGCUCAGGAGGUGGAGGCCCUGCUCAGCGAGAAUGAGAUGCUGCAGGGCAAACUGCACAGCCAGGAGGAGGAUUUCCGGCUCCAGAACAGCACCCUGCUGCAGGAGCUGUCCAAGUGGCGGCAGGCCGAGAACGCGGCGCUGCAAGAGAACGUGGCAGCCCUGCAGGAGCGCUUGGAGAAGGAGGUGGCCCGGCAGGCCGAGGGGCAGGGGGGCGCCCCCCAAGCUCCGGGCCCCGCCGGGGAGGCCGUGGCCGGGCCGACGCUGCCUUCGGCGCUGGAGCUGAAGUGGGAGACGGAGCGGGAGGAGAAGAGGCUGCUGACGGAGCAGCUGCAAGGCCUGGAGGCGGCCAAGCAGGCAGAGAUCUCCCGGCUUCAGGACGAGCUGAAUAAGCUCGCUGAGAAACUGAAGAAAAAGCAAGAGGGCGCCUCUGAGGCGCGGGACCAGCUGCAGAGCCACCAGAGGGAGCACGCGGACGCCCUUCACGCUCUCCAGGACCAGGGCAUUGGCAGGGACGCGUUGCCGUCGUUCAUCUCCUCCUCCUCGGCUGUUCUCUGUGUUAACCUGCGUCUCUUCUCUUUCUGUCUGUCUCUGGGGCGUCUCCCCCUCCCCGCUCCGUACCCCCCGGGGCAGGUGGCCUGCCAGAGCGCAGAGAGCCAGGAGCAAGUAGAGACGAUUCUCUCUGAGAACGAUGCCCUGAGAACCAAUCUAGCGGCGCUCGAGCAGAUCCAGACGUCGAAGACCCAGGAGCUGAACUUGCUGCGGGAGCAGAGCGCGGCGCUCGGCCUGGAGCUGCAGCAGAAGCAGAGCGAGAAGGAGGCGCUGGCCGGGCAGCGGGACGACCUCAGCACCCAGCUCCAGGAAUCCAUCCGAGCCAACAGCCGCCUCCUGGAGCAACUGCAGGAGCUGGGCCAGGAGAAGGAGAAGCUGGUUGUGGAGCUGGAAGAGGCCAGGAAGAGCGCAGACAAGCGGAAGUCCCUGCUGGACGCCAUGGCGGUAGAGACGCAGCAGGAGAAGGGGCGGCACCAGGAGGCCCUGGCGGCGCUGCGGGUGCAGCAGGACAAGGAGGUGCUGGGCGUCCGGGCGCACUACGAGCGGGAGCUGCGCCAGCUGCACGAGGAGAAGAAACGCCACGAGGAGGAACUGCGGGGGCAGCUCAAGGAGGAGAAGGCCCGGAGCCGGGAGCUGGAGAGUUCGCAGCAGACGGUGGAGGAGCUGCGCCUGCAAAUCCAGUCCAUGGAUGGGGCCAAAGGCUGGUUCGAGCGGCGGCUCAAGGAAGCGGAGGAGCUGAUUGAAAAGCACCAACAGAACCACGAAGAGGCGCUUCGAGUGUGCAAGGAGCAGCACGCGGCCGAGCUGAAGCUGAAGGACCAGGAGGUGGAAGCUACCAGGGAGCAGCUGCGGGCGGCCGAGCGCUCCCGGGACGAGCACGUGGGCACGAUCAGCCGCCUCAGACAGGAGGUGAAGGACACGGUGGACGGCCAGCGCAUCCUGGAGAAGAAAGGCAGCGCCGCUCUCAAAGACUUGAAGCGGCAGCUGCAGCUGGAGCGGAAGCGGGCGGAUAAGCUGCAGGAGCGACUGCAGGAGAUCCUGACCAACAGCAAGACCAGGACGGGGAUUGAGGAGCUGGUUCUGGCCGAGAUGAGCUCCCCCAGCCGGGCGCAGACGGGCGACAGCAGCAGCAUCUCGUCCUUCAGCUACCGGGAGAUCAUGAAGGAGGGGUCUGGGCCCGGCAGCACCAAGUCCAACACGGGGAGCCCCCAGGCCCAGCGCCCCGCGGAGCUGUCGGACGAGGAGAUCUCGGAGCUGUUCCAGCGCCUGGCGGAGACGCAGCAGGAGAAGUGGAUGCUGGAGGAAAAGGUGAAGCACCUGGAGGUGAGCAGCUCGUCGAUGGCGGAGGAUUUGUGCCGGAAAAGCGCCAUUAUCGAAACCUACGUGAUGGACAGUCGCAUCGGUGAGAACCCCAGUGUCCGGGGGUGGGGGCGGCCGCGGGGGGGCUUCUCCCUGUCCCAGUGGGUUGGAUUCAUCGCCAGGCGUCCCAGACACCCCCGCAUGUGUCCCAAUGCACACUCCCCCCCCCCCCCCAUCUCCUCUGCACGACGUGGGCGCGAGGACGAUGCUGUGUGGAUAUGGCUUGCGGGGGGCGGGGGCCUGGACGAUAUCUAA